AUGACUAUUCAAACGAAUAGCAUCAAAUUUGAAUACUUAGACGGUGAGAGAAAUGGGAUCAAGUCGAUAGACUUACAACAUGAUAAAGUCGGUACAACAACAGGUACAGGCUGGUUUGUCACAGCGUUUCUUGUGGUCAACGCUGUACUGGGCGCUGGACUUUUAAACCUCCCCAUUGCCUUUCACAAAGCUGGAGGGGUUUUCUCUUCAACGAUGAUUCAGUCAGUUUUGUUGGUGUUUGUCGUGUUGACAUUACUUACCAUCGCCUACUGUUCUGACAUCAAGGGAAGUAACACCUACCAAGACGUGGUUCUCUCCCUGUGUGGCCCUAAAGCCCAGCUGGCUUGUGCUGUUUGUAUUUUACUCUACUGCUUUGGUUUAUGUAUCACGUUUCUCAUUAUCAUUGGCGACCAAUGGGAAAUGUUUUUCCUCAAAGUGGCGGAGGAUAUUUUCUGUAAAACAACCCCAUUCUACAUGACAAGAGCGUUCAUUAUAUCAGCCACGUCUAUAGUCUUUAUACUGCCGUUAUGUUUUCCUAAAAGAAUCGAUUUUUUAAGCUACGCAAGCAUCAUUGGUGUGAUAGGCAUCUUGUAUGUAACAGCACUUGUUACCAUUAAAUAUUUUCUACCUCACGAUAAUCCAGGAAAUAUCGUAACCGGGCCACAUUCAUGGAUUGAUGUGUUUCUUGUAGUCCCAGAAAUAUGUUUUUCUUAUCAGUGUCAUAUAGAAAUCGUCCCCAUCUACUCCUGUAUGGUCAAGCGUAACUUGAGAGAGUUCUCUAAAACAGUAACACUUGCCAUGAUAUUGUGUAUCAUAACUUACACAGUCACUGCAGCUCUGGGAUAUUUGCAGUUCGGUGACUUAGUCACCAAUGACAUAUUGCUGUCGUUUACCCCUACAGCUGAUGUGAUGUUGGCUGUAGUUCUUGUGGCUGUCAAAACUUACACAACAUACCCUAUCUUUUGCUUUUGUGGCAAGUCCGCCUUUGACACGGUGUGGGCGGUGCUCUGGAAAAUGAGCCCCGAGGAUCUUCGGUACAGAGAAACGUCGAGACGUGCCAUAACGACAUUGGUGUGGUUCACCUUGACCCUGCUACUGUCCAUCUUCACACCGAACAUCGGUGUGGCCAUACAGAUCCUCGGGUCACUAGCCGCAGUUUUUAUUUUUGUAUUCCCAGGACUCUGCUUGUUUAAGACGAUGCAGAAUAGAAUAGAAUCUUUUGAGAAACAGCCCAAGAACGUCUACGCGUUACAAUGGAUGGCGAUGGUUUUUAUUAUUGUUGGUGUAUUUAUCUUUGGGCUGACGUUUACACAGACCAUCACCAAAGACAUUUACGACGCCAAGCCAGACUCGUCCAAAUUGUACUGUAGCUGA